UCUCCUUUUUAUUGUCCGUUAAUUAAAAAUUCAAUUCCAUGUGAGAAACCAGGUUCGCACAUACCCAAUCCUCACUUAGCGGCUGCGCCAUUUUGCCAGAAAUAAAAAACUCCUUAAUUUCUGUUGAGUUCUGUCGCCAUUGAUUUAAAUCUAGGGUUCAUUUUGCUGUCAAGGACUCAAAUUCAGGUGCUCAUUUGAAGCUGUGGAAAAAUACGGCAUUUUCCGCAAUGUAUAUAAGCCAUAAAAUGUGCUGAUAAGUAGCAAAAAACCUUAGGAAUGGCAGAAUAUAUGGCCAUUCCAUCCAAUGUCAAGCUGCACUUUAAUGGAAAUGUCUUAGAAGAGCAACUCGUUAUGGCCAAAACUUCACAUCUUCAAGCAAGAAGGAGCUUCUAUUAUGGGAGUAAUAAUGUUAACCGUUUCUCAUCGUGGAAGGCCCUCAAGCAUGCUCCUCUCUCAAAAAUUCUGAAGGGAACUCCAGGUCGGAAGACUCAUAUGACAUGUUAUUGCUCGAGUGCCCUAGCCAGUGCUAAUAGUGUACUUGCUUCUGACUGGGUCCCUUUGAUGGACCAAAUCCUUCUUUUAGCAAGCAUAACUCUUACAUAUAUGGCUGGCGUAAUUCCUGUUGAGAAGUCACCAUAUAGCACUCAAAUGAGCACACCGCUUGGUGAUGUUGUCCCUGGAAACUCUUCCUCCUCGGGUAGUGAAGUGGCAAAUGAUGGUGAGGUUCGGUUACAGUUUGCUUGGGAUGUUGUGAAACGCAAGCUAGUGGACUCCUUAUCUGCUGUUAAGAAUGGGGUUAAUUUAAGUGAACGAGUUUCCGAGAUUGAACAAAAACCUGCAAAACAGCCUUCAAGUCUGUCUGCUAUUGCUGAGGGUCCUAGAAUAAGAUUGUUGUGGGCAUCGUUUCAGUGUCUCAACAAAGAGGUGGCAAAUAUAUCUACAAACCCUUCUACGAAUUCAAAAAGUGAUUUAUUGGCUGUCUUUGCUGAAAUUAUUCAAAAGUGCUGCCAGCCUGUAUGCAUGGCAUGGCUGGAAGAGGAGCUUCGCCUUAUCUCCAGUAAACCUGACAAGGAACUUCUUUCUUUGGCAAAAAAUAAGUUGAAUGGAUAUGGCAGCAUCAUUCAAAGUAUUAGAAAGUUGGGCAAGGAGGAUCUAUACGCGGAGUUAGUAUAUGCCCUUAAAUUCGGUUCUUCCAGGAAAGGCGGCUAUUAUAACUCUAGCUUAUUUAUCCAGCACGGGGUAGACAUAUUAGAAGACUUGCUGAUCACAUUAGCCGAUGGCAUUGCAAGCAUGUAUUUGGAACUUAUAUCUGUGGAUAGUAGCUUGUCCAAUGAAAUGAACAACCUUGGUUUGAGCUUGUGUACCCUGUCCACCCGAGCACUUCAGAGAUUACGCAAUGAAGUGGCGCUACAUCAGUGGAUGCAUCAGAACAUGGAAGCAGUGGUAUCUAUGUUUGAAGACCAAUUUGACCUUUGCACGCUUCAAACUCAACUGGUUGAAGAAUCUAGCAGCAGCGAGGCUGAAAAUUUUGGUUGGUGGAAGAAGCUCAGCAUCAACAGAUCAGGACCUGUAUCAUCGUCAUUGCAAUUUGUUGCGAUCAACCAAAUCUCUGUACCUGUUAAAAGGACCAUGGAAUUAAGGGCCUUGACUGGGUGGAAAUACUACUUCAGUCUCUUCCUAGAACUGGCCGACAUCACCAUGCCGUUUGUAAGAACGGUUGUUACGAAAGCCAGUGAUGCCAUCUCGUUCUUUUUAGUCUGCUUGAUAGGAAGGUCGGUGGGGCUAAUCUACUCUGGAAUUAGGAACUCCUUAAGGCGGAAGUGAGUUUCUAUUCGAUCUUUUCUCUUUUCGUAUGGGAAUUUUAGCCUAGCCCCCAUUGAUAAUGGUUCUUGCAUUUGUUGUGUGUUGGUAUAUUUAAGCUUUUGCCUUAGAUUUAGUUUCUUUUUGCCUGCAGUGCAACUGUAUUCACAAUAUGUACCUUUUGUGAGGAGCUAUGACUUUAUUUCAUAACCUAUUUAUGUACGUUUGUCAUCAAUGUAAUAAGAUAUCGUGCAUGAAUAGAAUAAUGAGGAUUUAUGUAAGAUUUUUUUGUCUAUUUAAU